AUGGCCACGAACACGACCGUGGCGCAGCUGAGAAGGGCCGAGCUGCUGCACGUUGCUAUCGCCCGCAAUAGUUUCGAGCUGGUGCGGGAGCUCCUCGAGACCUACAGCCUUGACCCCAAUACCAAAUCAUCCAAAGGCCUCGCCCCCCUUCACUUGGCGGCGUGGGAGGGGAACGUGGCGCUGGUGGUGUAUCUGCUGGUGCACAAGGCCGAGGUGGGCCUCGCGGAGGAGGGUACGGGGUGGACGGCCCUCCACCUGGCGGCGCGCCGAGGGCACGAGGAGGUAUUCGCGGCUCUCGUGGAGGCCGGUGCCGACCUGCACGGGCGCGACCGCUUCGGAUGUUCGGUGCUGGCCUACGCCGUGCUCGGGGGCAGCGCUGCCAUCGUCCGCUUUCUUUUGGAGAGCGGCCUCGACGUCAACCACCGGCGGCCUUCCACGUCGCUCCCGCUCCCAUCCGCCUUGGCCGCCGUUGCGCCGUGCGCCUCGGCGCUCCACCUGGCCAGCGCGCGGGGCGACCCAGAGCUGGUGCAGCUCCUGCUUGACCACGGCGCCCACGCGAACCUCCGGGACGACGCCGGUCGCACGCCGCUCUCGUGCGCCGUGCUCCAUCUGCACCGAGACGUGGCAGCGCUCCUGCUCGCCCACGAGAGGUCCGGCGUCGAUUCGGUGGACAGCGCAGGUCGCACCGCCCUCCACCACGCGGUCGGCCUGGCGGCUCGUGCCACGCGCGAGGAAGCACGCGCUGCCGCCUGGGGCAUCGUGGAGCUGCUGCUGCACCACGGAGCCGAUGUGGAGGCCAAGGAUCAGCAGGAGGCGACACCCCUCUCCCUCGCCGCCGACGGAGCGGUGGACAUGCAGAAGCUACUUGUGAGCUUGGCACGGCAGCAUAGGCGGCGGACGGCCAGCUCCGUGAUCUGCCUGUCGGUGAUAGGGCUUGCCACGAGCUUUGUCAUGCUGUCCCGGCUACGCGGUUCGUAA